AUGAAGAUGGCAGGACACACCAUCUCUCAACGAAGCUCAUGGGCGUCGUUGAAUACCUCAGACAGCGAAAACUCAGGGUCAGACAACGACCUUGAAUACAAGAAGUGCUACGGCACUUCGAAAAGAGCCAGCCGCAACGUUCAAAGCUGGCUGGAACGAGAGGCCCUUUGGGCACCAAAGACCUCAAAGGUCUCAGAUCUAGAGGGAAUCGCCAAAACCCUCGUUAAAACCAAUGUCCAGAUGCCCGACAACAUCCUGGACGACUUAAAGAAGACCAUUGAGUGCCGAAAGGAGCUCAAUGACAUCCACAAAUCUCGGGGCAACGGCGACCAAAGCCACAUCUUCGCCCUCAACGCAUAUCGGAAGGUCUUCAAGGCCUUUUGCCCUAUCUCACCACCACCUUCUCCUCCCCAGAUGCCCGCUGUGGUAUCUGGCAAUCAAUCAUACGCACUUCGGCUCCUCGACAGCAAGCCGAAAUACACCAAGAAAGACCCCAUGUGGGAGUAA